CAUUGACGUAAGGUGCGUAAUGUCAAAAAAGUUGCUUUAAUUUCGAAAAAAACAAUCAAAAACAUGUCCGGGGCCCUUAAAUUGUACAGUCUGAGUAGAUCAGUCUCAGGUCGCCCCUCGAUUUUCCUGCGAGCAUGUGGGCAAAACCGCUUAAAAAGCACGUCGAAAGGCGACUACAUCAACGUAAAUCCGGGCGAGCCUGGCAUGAGUUUGAACGAAGUAACCGAUAGGGCUGCUGAGAAGGUGUUUUUCACUGAGCUGGUCCGCGGGUUUGCGGUCACUCUGGCCCACAUUUUCAAAGAACCGGCGACCAUUAAUUACCCCUUUGAGAAGGGCCCCCUGAGCCCCCGUUUUCGGGGGGAGCACGCCCUAAGGCGGUAUCCAUCAGGUGAGGAAAGAUGUAUUGCUUGUAAGUUGUGCGAAGCGAUUUGUCCGGCUCAGGCCAUCACAAUUGAAGCAGAAGAACGUGCUGAUGGUUCAAGACGAACCACUCGGUAUGAUAUCGAUAUGACUAAGUGUAUUUAUUGCGGAUUUUGCCAAGAAGCGUGUCCGGUGGAUGCUAUUGUUGAAGGCCCCAAUUUUGAGUUCUCAACUGAGACGCAUGAGGAGUUGUUGUAUAAUAAGGAGAAGUUGUUGAAUAAUGGGGACAAGUGGGAGUCGGAGAUUGCGGCGAAUAUUCACGCCGAUCAUUUGUAUCGUUGAGAUUGCAAAAAUAUUAGUUGGAAUAAAUUAGUUAAAUAAAAAAAAA